ACACGCUAUUGAGUGAAAAUUUGUGUUUUCGUUUGCAAAUAGGAAUAUUAGAGUAAUUAGUGAACAGAAUGGAGACGCUCCUGGAGCAGCAGCGUCGUUACCAUGAGGAGCGCGAGCGUCUCGUCAAACUGAUGGUCGACGAGCAUGCGACAAAGAAGCCCGGCGAAAAGGAGCGCAUCCACAGUGAACACCGGCUAAAGUAUCUGAUGGAGCUGCAUCACAAUGCGACAACGCAAUUGCGCGACCUCUACGAGGACAAGGACAAUGAGCGAAAGGCCGAGAUUGCCGCCCUAUCCGGACCUAAUGAGUUCAACGAGUUCUAUGCGCGUCUGAAGCAGAUCAAACAAUUCUACAAAUCGCAUCCAGCUGAAGUCAGUGUUCCACUCUCCGUGGAGUUUGAUGAGAUGAUCAAAGUAUACAAUAAUCCGGAUGAUAUGAGCGCAUUGGUUGAGUUCACCGACGAGGAGGGCGGCGGUCGCUAUUUGGAUCUGAACGAGUGCUACGAGAUGUAUUUGAAUUUGCGCGGCGUCGAGAAAUUGGAUUACAUCACGUACCUCAUGUCCUUCGAUCAUGUCUUUGACAUAUCACGUGAGCGUAAGAAUCGGGAAUUCCGCAAGUAUAUCGAAACACUAAACAAUUAUCUACACAGCUUCAUACUGCGCAUCCAGCCGCUGCUCGAUCUCGAGGGUGAACUGGUCAAGGUUGAGCUCGAUUUCCAGCGCCAAUGGCUCCAAGGCACCUUUCCCGGCUGGUCGCUGAAGGAGACGGAAUCGGCGCUGGCCAAUACGGGCGCCCAUUUGGAUUUGAGCGCCUUUUCCAGCUGGGAGGAGUUGGCCUCCCUUGGCCUGGAUCGUCUCAAGUCGGGCCUUGUUGCCCUCGGCCUCAAGUGUGGCGGCACUUUAGAGGAGCGCGCUCAACGGCUGUUCACCACCAAGGGCAAGAGCACCCUGGAUCCGGCUCUAAUGGCCAAGAAACCAAGUGCUAAGAAUGCCAAUGCGCAAACACGUGAAAAUGCCCGUAACAAGGAAAUUGCUCAACUGGAGGCGUUGCUCUAUAAAUAUGCGGAGCUGCUGUCCGAGCAGCGGGCAGCCACCAAAGAGAAUGUGCAGCGGAAACAGGCACGCACCGGCGGAGAGCGAGAUGACAGCGAUAUUGAGGCCAGCGAGUCGGAUAACGACGAUGAUCCGGAUGCUGACGAUGUGCCCUUUAAUCCGAAGAAUUUGCCACUCGGUUGGGAUGGCAAACCCAUUCCGUACUGGCUGUACAAGCUGCACGGCCUUAACAUCAGCUACAACUGCGAGAUCUGUGGCAAUUUCACCUACAAGGGUCCGAAGGCAUUUCAGCGGCACUUUGCCGAGUGGCGACAUGCGCACGGAAUGCGCUGCUUGGGCAUACCGAAUACGGCGCAUUUUGCGAACGUGACACAGAUCGAGGAUGCGAUCACGCUGUGGGAGAAAUUGAAGUCGCAGAAGCAGAGCGAACGCUGGAUUGCCGAUCAGGAGGAGGAGUUCGAGGAUUCCCUGGGCAAUGUCGUCAAUCGCAAGACAUUCGAGGACCUUAAACGACAAGGAUUGCUCUGAAAUGGAUAUAGUUUUAUGCCUAAUCAUUAAUAUACCAUUUUUAAAUGCAACCCCCUUCAUUAUCACAUAAAUACGCAUUAGAAUUUUCAUAAUACAAGAAUUAAAAAAAAUUUUUGGGUUUUCAAAUAUGGACAAUUGGUUCUCGUCCCAGCUAGGUCGUAAAGAUCAUUUGGGUUAUUCCUAGGCUGUUAUUUUUGCAUAUGAUCAGCACUAAUGUUAUAAAUAAAAAUACAUAGAC